CUAUUACAUUCUGAGAUUCCUCUAGACCUGCAAUGAUGCUGCGAGUUCUGGUUUUCUCUGCCCUCCUUUGCUUGGCUUUGGCACAUGGCAGCAGUGAAGAAAGUGAUUCAAAUGUAUCAUCAGAUGACAGUGAAGAGAAUAAUAGCGAGAGGCGAGGUUACUGCCCCAAUAAUGUUACCCUUGAUUCCUGUUCGACCUCUUGUCCUGAAGGCUCCAACUGCUCUGAUUCCGAGUGCUCCUCUGACAUAAACUGCCCUGAACUCCAGAAAUGCUGUCAAACCAACUGUGGAAUGAAUUGCGUUGACCCUGAAUACAAUUCAACUGUAUCAUCGGAUGAGAAUGAAGAGAAUAAUAGUGAAAAGCAAGGUUCGUCAUCAUCAUCAUUGAAUGAAAGUGAAGAAAAUAGCGAUGAGCAAGAUGAUGCAUCAGCAUCAUCAGAUGAGAGUGAAGAGGAUAAUAGUGGGAAGCGAGGUGAUGUCCCAUCAUCACAGUCAUCAUCGGAUGAAAGCAAAGAGAAUAAUAGUCACAAGCAAGAUGACUUAUCAGCAGAAUCAUCAUCGGAUGAGAACAAAGAGAAUCAUAUUGAGAAGCGAGAGCUGACCUGUGAGGAUGAUAAUAAUUGUAAAGAACCCCUAGUCUGCUGGAAAAGACUCUGUGUCCCCCCCAAGCUGAAAGAAAUAUUUGAAAAACCAAAAAGUUACUGAGGACACAGCAACUGAACGACUGAGGAGUCAGUAGAGAAACGGGGAGCACAAGGUUGAUUAAAUGAUUGAUCACGAAAUAAUGACUAGAAUAAACUAGCAAAUCUCUCUAUAUUGUGCUGUUGUUUCAUUCAAAUGUAUUUAUCCAAAAAUGCAUAAUAAAAGCUUAUUGUUGCCAGCAAAUUCUUUAGAGUUU